GGCGCGGAGGUGACGCUGCAGCUGCUCUUCCUGGACGGCGAGGAGGCCUUCGAGGAGUGGAGCGCCACCGACUCGCUCUACGGCGCCCGGCACCUGGCGGCACGCAUGGCCGCCACCCGCCACGGCCCCCACGGCACCCAGAUCACCGCCAUGAGCCUGCUGGUGCUGCUGGACCUGCUGGGCACCCAGCACCCCGCCAUCCACAGCCACUUCCCCCGCACCCACCACUGGUUCCUGCGCCUCGUCGCCAUCGAGAAACGACUGCGGAGCCUGGGGCUGCUGCACGCCUCCCCCCAGGAUCAGCCUUUUUUCCGGCUCAGUCCAGCCCCGGGGCCCGUCGAGGACGACCACGUCCCCUUCCUGCAACGUGGCGUCCCCGUGCUGCAUCUCAUCCCCAUGCCCUUCCCCUGGGUCUGGCACACCACCGAGGACAACGAGGACAACCUCCACCUGCCCACCGUGGAGGACCUCUGCAAGAUCCUCGCCGCCUUCGUGGCCGAGUUCCUGCAGCUCUGAGCCACCCGGACACCCCGACACCCUCCGGCCUGAGCCCCCCCGGGGCGUCGGGGCAGCCCCUGGCUGCGCUGGGAGCCCCCACUAAUAAAAUCCUCGGUGCCUGG